AUUUAUUGAUUUUACACUAACUUAUCUACAAGCUACCUGAAACACAAUAAAGUGCACACCCUUACCUUCCCAAUCUAAUUGCUCAUUCCAAUGUAAACCAAAGAGAUACACCACCUCUAAAUGCAACUAUAGUCGUCACUCCUCUACACAGAAUUUAAUGCCCCUCUUAUCUUCCAUCACCUGUUUCUCCCUAUAUAAAUCUCCAUUGUCUUCAGAGAGCCAAUCAACACCACCACAAACACUAAAACACACACACUCAUCUUCAUUCUUUUGCUUAGCUCUCAUUGUUGAAGAAUGUCUACCACAGUGGAGGAUGUUUCUGCCAAGACUAAGAUGGUGGAGAUUGAGCCCAAGACUGGUGUUGUUUUGAAGACAAGGAUACCAGAAGAGGUGAAGGUGUGUGGCACUGAAGCCAAGAUCACCAAUGGCGAGACAGAGAAGAAGAUGAAUUGCGAGAAUGGAAAAGAACCAAAUGGGGACAUUGUCACACAGGAGGAGGCAAAGAAAGAAGAGAUUCCAGUUGAGGUUGAACCCAAGACAGGGGUUUCUUUUCCGGUUAAGCUGGACGAUGGGAAGCAGUUGAAUGCUGUUGGUUUGAGGAAGAAAAGCAUGCUUGGCCUGGGCAUCAAAAUUUAUGGCUUCGGGAUAUAUGCAGAUAAUGAGAAAAUGAAAGAUCUUCUGAGGUCGAAGUUUGGGAAAGCCCCAAGCAAAGCUACAAAGGAAAUGUAUCAAGCGGUAAUUGACAGUGAUGUUGGGAUGAUGGUUAAAUUAGUAAUUGUAUUUUCUGGCCUUACUAUGAACAUGGUAAGAAAGAACUUUGAUGAAGGUCUUGGAGCAGCCAUCAAGAAACUCACUGGUGGAAAGAAUGAGGAGCUCACUAAGAGGAUCAUGGGUGAGGCAUCGGAUGACAUAAAACUGGCAUCUGGUUCUGUAAUUGAGAUUUCUCAGGAAGCCGGAUACAUUCUCCAAACAAAAGGUAAAGGCCCAAAAGUGAGAAUUUACAUGUUAUGCAUUUGGCCAGUAUUGAAUUUAUCCAAAAAAAUGUUGUUGUUUGUGUGUGCAGUUAUGGGUGAGGUGGUGAGCAAGGUUGAAAGUGAACUACUGUGCAGGGCCUAUAUCUACAUGUAUUUGGGAGAGGACCCUUUUGACAAGGAAGCCAAAGAGAAAUAUGGGAUGUCCAUGCUCUCUCUCUUCUAAACACACACACAGCUUCUAGCUAGCAGUUUCUUGGUUAAUUUGCAAGGAAUAAGGCCCAUUGUUUACCUUUGUAGUGGCUAAACAAUUUCUUAAUAAGAAGGAUGAUGAGAGAGUGGUUAAAUUUCAUUACAAAAUACCAAGUGUUAUCAAUCCAACUAAUAUGUGUUUUGUGGAUCUUGCACAUGCAUAUCUGUGUAUGUGUGUAGUUGACUAGUUAUGUAUGACAUACACAAAUGCUAAAUUCCUCAAACAUUUAUAACAAAAAGGGAAAUUAUAUUUUUGACAGGUGGUCGAUUUUUCUA